ACCUGGUUGCACGGGUUUAUCACCAGUUGCCCAGGUACCUAGGUAGUGUUCCGCUCCUCACUACUGAGCAAGUACAUCGCCACCAGCAUCAUCUGGUGAUAUCAGCUCGGCAUCCGGCACCCGCCGCCCGAAGAAAGUCAACCUUAGGAACACUACCAGUCACCGGAACCAGAACCACAGGCAGAGCGCGAGCAGACUCCCUCAAACUCGCUUUGCGAUAUUAUCACCAUAUCUCGACUACUACCAUCCUUCAACCUAAUAUCGCUUGUAGAAUCCAAUUCUUCUUCCGGAGGCCCGCCGCUCCACGUAAUCGCCAACAUGCCCCGCAAAGAAGACGACAGCUACCUCCCGUCCUACUCCGAAUCCAUCCUCCAACAAACCGCAAACCUUCCCACCAUACCUUCAACAUCCCGCGGCCAACAAAUCCUCGACCAGCUAACGCUCGUCCGCGCCCAACACAUCCGGUCCAUCAUUAACGCGCACAUCCUCCCUCUCGUCGAACAACAAGCCGCCUAUGGCAUCGCACAAACCACCAUCGCUUUACUCCCCUCCGACAUCCCGCUCCCUGAAGAAGCGCCCGAAAAAUCCGAAUUCAGCUUCGACACGCCCACCUCGAGCGAAAAGACAGUCGAAGUUAUUGGGUUUAGCUCGGAUGAAGAGCCGAAAGUAGUACGGUUGGAGGGCCAAAUGAACAGAACAGAGUUUUGGCGGCCGCAGGCUAUUAUUUUGGAGCUGGAGAGGACGCUGAGGGAGUGCUUGAAUGCGAGUCCGAGGUUGCGGAGUCCGACCAGUCCGGUGUUUGUGGGGAGGGCGCAGCGGGAGGAGGUGCCGCAGAGGCAGAAGAGGGGCUUCUUUGGGCGGGUGGCGAAUGCGAUGGCGCAGGAUGAGGGGAGUCCAGAUGGCAGUCUAGAGGUGGGUGUGAGUCAAGUCGAGAGCGUCGGUCAGGUGCUAGUCAAAUGUCGAUUGGAGGAGAUAUGCUUGAGGACCGUCAAUGAAUUCGGGCUUUACGAUACGAUGUCGAAGCAGUGCGUUAUCAUUCGGGUGGAUGCGCGGUGCUGAUGACCGCUCCGAAGAAUGAGACUCGCGUUCGGCUGGCAGGGUUCGUCCAACCAGACGGUCUGGCUGGGCUAUCAAAUACACAAAGCUGCAUUUCCGCCGCAUUGAUGUGGGUUUGGAUGUUCUAGCGCAAGAAACGGGCGUUUUUGGGUAUAUGAUGAGCACAUUUGCGCAGCUACCUCGUGCUUGAAGAUGAGACAUGAGUUGAUUGGUGCGGUGGAAUGAACGUAUUGUCGUUAUAUUGCUAUAUGUAGCAACCUAAAGGGGCGUUUGAGGAACAGAU